AUGUCUGCCACUGUCGAGGAGAUCACCGACGACGUUCAGGACCUCAACGUCCAGGAGAACGUCGACCUCGAGGAGGGAGGCGAGGUCUCGGUCACCGACAAGGUCCAGUCCCGUGCCGAGCGCAAGAGCCGCAAGGCCCUCCAGAACCUCGGCCUCCAGCGCGUCCCCGGAAUCACCCGCGUCACCAUGCGCCGUCCCCGUGGCCACCUCUACGUUGUCUCGCAGCCCGAGGUGUACAAGUCGGCUCACUCCGACUGCUACAUCGUCUUCGGCGAGGCCAAGACCGAGGACAUGAGCCAGUUCGCCCAGGCCCAGGCCGCCCAGCAGAUGGCCCAGGCUGAGGCUCAGGAGCGCAUGCUCGCCGAGGGCUUCGCGCAGCAGGGCGCCUCGGAGGAGAAGAAGAAGGCCGAGGAGGAGCCCGAGGAGGACGACGACUCGCCCAUCGACGAGACCGGCGUCGACGCCAAGGACAUUGACCUCGUCAUGCAGCAGGUUUCUUGCUCCCGCCGCAAGGCCGUCAAGGCCCUCAAGGAGAGCAACGGCGACCUGAUCAACGCCAUCAUGAGCGCCAGCUAA